AUUUGUGUAAUCAAAAUUUUUAUGCACGCAGUAAGCAAUUUGAAAACGAACUCGUUAUUAAUUACUAUUUCUUUUUGUGUUUUUAAAAUUAGAAUACUUUUAUUUUUAACGUUCAAUGUAGAAAUGAGCAAUCUAAGUGCAUGAAUUUUCAAUGGUACUCACACCCAUUGUAUUAGGCAGAUUAUAUCAUUAUCUACAUAUGUUAACACUACUUGCUACAUGACUGAGGAUUUAAAAAUCAAUAUUAGGCCAUCUAAGGGCCCCAAUAAAAGUCCCCAAGAAAUUGCAGAAUUCUACAAGAAGUUUGACGGAUGGCAAGAAAUAUUACCUAAAACCGAUAACACAUACUCUCCUGGAUCAAAAUAUUAUAAAUAUGAAGUAUCUCCAGGUAUACCUCUUAUACCAAAUAUGUGUAGGCUACCGAUCAAUAAAUAUGAAAAAACGCCAUUGAAAAAUGAUUGGUCCGAGGAUCAGUCAGAUUAUUUUAAAUCAUCUAGUCACAUUAGAAGAAAUCUUUUUUCUGUUAAAACCUACAAACAUUUAGUACAUAAAAAUCACACUGAAACUAUUAAUCAUAGUGAAACUGUAACUACUACCAAUCAGAGUACAACUAUAAAAAUUACUAGACUGGUGUCUGAAACUACAUGUACAUUUGUUAAGUCCUUAUUUUCAUAUUUAACUUCACUAUCUAUGCUGACUGAAAUGGUUGAAUCUGCAAUAGAGUUUGGUUCAAACAUAACUUAUACUAGCAUUCGCAAAGUGACCAAUUGGGUACACUUAGCUACAUUUAGCAUGGUACAUUACGAUCUGAUUAUAAUCAUGACUAUAAGAAGAAUAGUUAACCGCUGCUUUGGACAUAACCAACUAAAUAAUUUUUGGAUGCCUAUCAUAAUUUCAUCAUUGAUAUUGGGUUUUAUUGCAGGUGUUAUGCAUUUUUAUUCACCUAUGGAAGUACAAUUAUGGGAUAAUUCUUGGUCGGAAUUUCUGUUAUCCCCAUUUAAGACAAUGUUCAACAUAAUUAAAUCCGUCUGUCUUACUUUAUCUUCAACGGCAUAUUUUGUUUUUGAAAUAUUAACUCUUGGCUUAGCCUCAUCAUUGGUGGCGUUAAGACUAUUUGGACAAAUGUUUAUUAAUGUUUUUAAUAAUGUAAACUCUGUUGUUAAUUCCGCCACUAAAGCUAAUACAGCUUCUGUUAUUCACAAUCAAGCUGCAUUACCUAUUGAUUAUAAUAUUUUGGCAAAAACAAUUUUGGAAAGUGAAGAAUUUCAACACUAUAUUAAUAAACAGUUAAAUAUUACAAAAAUUGAUUUAGUACGAUUAUAUGAUCAGGAAUUUCAUGAAACUAUUAAAAGUCAGUUACAAGACAUGAAUUCAGAAAACUUAAGAUGGAUUAAUAAUCAGCUGAAUAGCCAAAAACUAGCGUUAAAAAGUGUUUAUGAUAAAAUACCCAAACAGGACCAAUCAGCUAUUGAUAGUAUUGAAAAAAAAAUGUCUGAUUUACAAAACACGGUUUCAGAUUUAAUUAAUAAUUUUGAAAAAUACAAAGCUGAAUCAGAAUACUCAAAAUCUAAAAUAGAGACUGUACCAAAUGCGACAUGUACCAGAGAAAAUUGGUAUUCAAUUACUAACUAUAUAGAAAAGUAUGUAAAUAUGACUAUGAAAACCACUCUGAAUAUUUAUGAUGCUGAUAAAACCGGGAAAGUUGAUUACGCUUUGGAAUCUGCUGGUGCCACAGUACUUGGGACCCGUUGUACAAUUACCAAAUCAUCAACGGCAGCUUUAACCAUGUUUGGUAUACCUUUGUGGUAUAUAUCAAAUGGUCCUAGAUUGGCUAUUCAGCCUGGAGUUUACCCUGGACAGUGUUGGGCAUUUGUUGGUGCUAAAGGAUUUUUGGUGUUAAAAUUAUCCAACACUAUUUUGGUUAGAGGUUUCACAAUAGAACAUUUGCCGAGAUCUCUUUCGGAAGAUGGUAAUAUCAGAUCAGCACCAAAGGAUUUUAGCGUUUGGGGGCUAGAACGUGAAACAGAUUCCAACGGUACUUUAUUGGGAAAGAAUCAGUUCCAAGUAGAUGGACCAAGUCUUCAAUACUUUGAAGCUAUGAAGACAGAUGAUCCAUUUUCAAUAAUAGAAUUAAGAAUUGAAUCGAAUCAUGGGCAUGAUGAGUAUACAUGUCUAUAUCGUAUAAGAAUUCACGGUGUUCCGGCUUAAUGGUGCCUAAAUAAAUUCAGAUGUUUACUUAUAAGUAUAAUAAAAAACAGCUUAUAAUUACUUAAAUUGUUACCAUUCAACUAAACACAAAAAAAAUCUAUAAUUUUUUUUAAACAACUAAGUCCAAAGAUUAAAAUAUUUUUAAAAUUCCUUUUUAUACCAUUUUCUAAUUCUAAUGUUUUGUUUUUGUUUAAUAUAUUAUAAAUUAUAAUUUGAGUUUAACGUGUUUGAUUUAUUUGCAUAAUGUUUUUAUAGUAUAGUUCAAAGAAUUUUUUUUAUGUUUUAUUUCUAUAUUUACAAAUAAAUAAAUUAUGCCAUAGUAUUUUAAUUUAAGUUAAUAGUGUUUAAAUCAUUUGUGUAAUUAAAAUUUUUGAAAUUGCAUUUAUAGUAUGUUAUUUUGGUAUGUUCACUAUAUUGUGUAUUUUAUUCACUUAUUUUUAGAUAUAAUUCAUUGUUUAACUAGGCAAGAUCU